AAAGAUCGAUUCAUACUGUUAACGGUCCUUUCCUUUUUGUCUUCUUUUUAAGUUCUCUAUUUCGUUGUCACUAUUUAGUGAUUUUCAUGUAUUUUAUGCCAUUUGUGUACAUGUCCGUUGGACUUGUAAAUCAUGAAUAAGUCGAAAAUUUUACUUAGUGAUAUAAAUCACUCCAAUGAAGAUAAAGGAGCCAUUGAAGACUAUGAAGCAAAGAGUGAGGACAUAAAAAAUUAUACAAACAUUUGUCAACGAGAAAGACAAGAUUGGAAAAACGUUUACCAUGUCCUUAAGCAGAGGAAGGAAAGACUGGAAACUGAAAUCAAGUGCGAACCAUGUGCCGAAUUCGACUUCAGGUCUCAUCUCAGCGAAGAUAUGCAGCGUUUUUUGUCAGAAUGCGAACAGAGGGAAGAUAAGAGUAUUAAAGAAGUAAAGCGAUUAUUGGAUCAAAUCGAUAAUAUUUGUCUCAUUAACCUUGCAUAUGAACAACAAAGAAAGCAGCUCAGAAUUAUACAAAAGAACUUUCAAGAUCGAAUACACUGCUAUCAGAGAGCAGCGAUAAUGAAAAAUUUAGAUAACGAUUUUGAUUUUAAUUUAGAGAAAUUUUGCGAAUCCACAAACGAUAGUCAUGAACCGACCUUUUUGUUCAAAUAAAUAUAAAUAGAAUUAUUUGAUAAUUAUUUUAGUAGCACUAUUUCUUUGAGAGGGUUUUGUAUAAAGAAUUAAUCAUUAAUGUAAUACUACAAGUUUUAACAUUUGUUUUCUUUUAAAAUUUCUAUCAUUGUCAAUUAAAGUUAAAAAAAAAAAUCAUUUGUGUAUCACAAAUGAUUUUAUAGCUGUAAAUUUAUGUAUGAUAUUUUUAAAAAAUGAUACAAUUUAAAA